AGUUCCUAUUGAGUGAAGUUAUCUCCUAAUUCGACCAAACAAACGAUUUUCGUUUGAAAUUCGUGUGAAGAGUGUUUUAAACUUUCGGUUUUCACCUGUGUUCCUAGACGUACGUGACUGACAUAAAUAAAAGAUUUUGAGAAGAUAUAUCGAGAAAAAGUAAGUAAAACAUUGUUUUUCUUUAUAUUGUUCAAUAUUAUAGUUGUAUCGAAUAAAAAUAUUACGAAUAAGUACUUAAAAACACCCGAUAAAUCGACGUAAACUUUAGCAUUGACCGUUAGCCCCAACAAGUGUUAAUUUUGAAAUACUCGUAUCUUAGUAUUAUUAUUUUACUAGAAACGUAUUUUAUAAGUACUUUUGAAGUUACUUUUAUGAAGAUUUUGAAGAAAUAUAACAUGAACAGCAAACACGCAGCAUUUCGUCUAAAUGCUUGUUGAGACUUGUACAAUCCGGUUUGAGCGCGGAUCCGCGUUCCGGCUUUUAUAAUUUUCAAAUACAGGAUGUAGUAAAAUUGUUUGAGGUCUGGAAUUCCGCACGGAGAUCCGCGAAUUAUUUUGAUCAGUAAGUAACUGAAAUAAUUGAGAGCUUACGAAAAUCAUCCAAAACCGUAAUAUGUACUAGGUAGGUAUAUAUUAUGAUUCUGGCUUGUUGGUCGAGUGGUGGUUGGUAAACUUGAAUCUAAACCGGAGGUCGUGGGUUCCAUUACCACCCAUUACAAGUCUUUGUGUGAUGAACAAAAUUAUUUGUUCUGUGUCUAUAAUGUGUAUGUAUUUAGAAAUAUAUAAGUAUAUCUUUCAGUUGUCUGGUCGCCGUAGUUUUUGCCUAGUUUGGGAUCAGGUGGCCGUGUGUGUGCUGCCCCAAGACGUUAUUUUAUUAUUAUUCUUAUAUACAUUAUAUAUAUUACGGUUUUUAAAGAUUUUCGUUAAAUACAAAUCGAGUCAGUGCUAUAUAUUGUUAUUUUUUUUCUUCUAGGUAUUUAUUUACUUUUCUAUAUAUAUUUUUAUCGAUUUGUUAUAGGUUAUAAACAAUGGUUGUUUUCUUAGACGUUGAUAACUAUUUAAACAAAGAAGAUUACCGUUUGUGCAUUUACGAUUUGAAAUGGCCAUGGAAGGAAACGCACUUCGUGAAAAUGAAUAUGGAAUCAAGAAAAAUGGAUCGUGGGUGUACAGAGACACCACCCCCACAUCCUGUCCCAGUAAUUAUGGCUUUGCCGGUGCAAUUAUCGCCGCAUGGAACUCUACGAGUUCCAUCGAACGAAUACGUUCUAGUACAUAGAACUGAUUCUGGAAAUAUUCAGGCUCUGCAAAGUUCAAUAAAUGAGAAGUUAGAGCCCAGAAGACUAGACUUUAAUGCAAAAGAGGAUUUACCUUCCACUGUGAUGUGUGAUGAUGAGUAUUUACCGUCUUCAUUAGCUGAGGCCUUAGCGGUAGAUUCUGGUAGCGAAAUUGAUGAAUGGGAAGACUAUGAUGAUAUCGAUCUACGUAGGAUUUUAGAGGCGGAGGAAGUCAAUAAGGAAGAAGAAAUAAUGCCAGAUGUUGAAUUGCUCCAUGAAAGGGUGCCGGAAAAUGUGUUAACUUCGUGCGAAGAUUUUGACAAGUUCACCGGUGUUGAAGAGUUUUAUGAAGAGCAAUCUGGCCCCACUAUUUAGGAAACUUCCCCCAUGAAUAUAUU